CUUUUAUUAUACUUCUGAUCAGGGGUGCGACCAGGUAAACUCUGCCCCGCAGAAUCAAUCACAGGACGUGGCACACGCGCACCAUUUGAAUGACAAUGUUCAUCAAUUGGAGGGGGCCCCUCAAAUAUGCGGGGGGAGGGGCGCGCGAAAGGACCUUGGCUCCUAGGAGCUGGUUCCUAUGCUUUCUGUCCACAAGAAAACACGACCGCGCGCGACUGAUACCCACGACCCCCUUUGUCCAUGGCAAGCAAUUCCGCGUGGGAAUUUGGCCGCGUCUGCGGUGCCUUGUCCGACGUGGCUCCUCCGAGCCGCAGCCCCAUUCUCAAUCUACCUGCCAAUGCCCGCCCCUCCAGCAGCAUAUAGAUAGCCAUCGCUGCCGCCCACGAUGCCGGCGAGCCCCAGCCACCUUCCUUUCCGUGCGCCAGCCGCCCAAGCUGGGCACGCCAGCAGCCCCGCGGGCUCUCUCAGCGCAGCCGGCCCCGCGCCUGGGCGUGAGCGCUGCCUCUCCCCGGCAGGCAGAGCUGGGGCGAGGCCCUGGCGAAGCAGGAAAGGAAUGCGAGUGGGAAGAGCGAGGCACAAGCGAGCGGGCAUGUAGCGGCAGAUCCCGGAGCCCAGAGACCGGGGCAACCUCCGUCGGAGCUCACGCGGCAGAGGGCGGGCUCUCUCUGGCUCCCUCGGUCUCUCCCUCGGAAGCCGGACGGCCAGGAGCAGCAGGAGGAGGAGGAGGAAGAGGAAAGCGCUCCUGGCAGACCACGCGGCGGCGGCGGCGAUUCCCAGCAUCCUGGGCAGCCCGAGCCCCAUGGCGUCGGAGAAGGUGCUUCGCGAAGGGGUGCUGGAGAAGCGCAGCGGCGGCCUGCUACAGCUCUGGAAGAGGAAGCGCUGCCUGCUGGGCGAGAAGGGGCUGCGGCUGUUCGAGGCCAGCAGCCGGGGCUCGACGCGUUGCAAGGAGAUCCCCUUCGCGCGCGUCAAAGCCCUCGAGUGCGUGGAGUGGAAGCAGCGGCACAUCUACUUCACGUUGGUGACGGACGGCGGCGCCGAGAUCGACUUCCGCUGCCCCCAGGAGGAGCCCAGCUGGAACGCCGACAUCACCAUGGCGCUGGUGCGCUUCAAGAACCAGCAGGCGGUGCAGAUCGUGCGCGCCAGGCACAGCUGCAGAGCCGCAUUUCAACAUGAGGCAGCCCCAGCUGGCCAGAUUCUGGUGAAUGGGUCCAAGGAGCCAGACCCUAAGCUGAACAUGGAGAAUACAGAGGAACUGAUAGCUAUGAAUUCACCUGCCAAUGGACAGAAGGCAAUCUCCAGCUGCAACUGAACUUAGAUCCAUUUUUUCUCUCUUCCAUGGUAUUACUACUGAAAAAUGAAGUGAUGCCCAAAGCGUACAGCAAGACCUGGGUCACAAAUAUGGCUAGAAUGGGCAUUGGUUUUCUGGCUGUGUCUUUGCUAUGAUACUUAAGUCGCAGACAAAGCCCCCUCCAAACUGCUGUGGACUGAAAGGUUGCUUCUCUACACUCUUACCUAUGGUAGUCCACACCAUAGGACUUUGUAGGUUAGGUUGAAGAGACAGACACAGCAAGAGUGACAAAAGAGAAUCAUUCCAUUCCACUGUCUGCCACCAGCCUAGUGCUGGAUGGGCGAUGCAGGAAUUCACUGGAUCAUGAGGGGCGUUGGGAAGGAAUUCCUGAGCAUGCGAGGAGCCAUCUGAUGACUUCAUGAUUGAAAGGGAGCAUCCCUCCUCGGAGAACUGAGUGACUGACCUGGAAGGAGCAAUGGUGAACCGGCUAUUCUGAUCUG